UGAUAGUAAUUUUUUGCAGGACAAGACAUCUCAACGCCUUAACAUUGCAUGCACCGACAGGAGCGACGUGGUCUGUGGACAAAUUACAACGUGAAAUCAUAAAUCUAACGACAAAAAGAGUUAAGAUUGCGGCAAAAUGGCAGUUGCUGCUCAUAGACCAGUAGUUACUGUAUAUAAUGAAAAUAAUGAGCCUGGCACCACUGGUGUGGCCCUCCCUGUCGUCUUUAGGGCUCCAAUACGUCCAGACAUAGUUAAUUUUGUUCAUAUGAACAUGGCAAAAAAUCGAAGACAUCCAUAUGCUGUUUCAAAAGAAGCUGGCCAUCAAACUUCUGCUGAAUCUUGGGGUACUGGACGAGCCGUAGCUCGAAUUCCUAGAGUCCGUGGUGGUGGAACUCACCGUUCUGGUCAAGGUGCUUUCGGUAACAUGUGUCGUGGCGGUCGUAUGUUUGCACCAACUAAGACAUGGAGGAGAUGGCAUCGCAAAAUAAAUGUUAACCAACGUCGUUAUGCUGUAUGCUCUGCCAUUGCAGCAACUGGCGUUCCAGCCCUGGUCAUGUCUAAAGGACAUAAGAUUGAGCAAAUUCCUGAAGUUCCCUUAGUUGUGAAUGAUAAAGUUCAAGAAUAUACUAAAACCAAGCAAGCUGUUCAGUUUUUACGAAAAAUCAAGGCCUGGGCUGAUAUUCAAAAAGUUUACAAUUCCAAGCGAUUCAGAGCUGGCAAAGGUAAAAUGAGAAACCGUAGAAGAAUUCAAAGAUUGGGACCUGUUAUUGUUUAUAGAAAAGAUCAGGGUCUUACAAGGGCUUUUAGAAAUAUACCCGGUAUUGAAACUAUCAAUGUAGAGAAACUCAACCUUUUGCGCUUAGCUCCUGGUGGACACGUCGGUCGUUUUGUCAUUUGGACUGAAUCUGCUUUCCGUAGAUUGGAUGCUAUUUAUGGAACCUAUAAGAAGAACUCAACCACUAAGAAGAAUUACAAUUUACCCAUGCACAAGAUGACUAAUGCUGAUUUGGCCAGGAUGCUUAAAAGUCAAGAAAUUAGAAAGGCUAUCAGACCACCAAACAAUAAGGUUCAGCGCUACAUCCUGAAGAAGAAUCCAUUGAAGAACAUUAGAGUUAUGCUGAAAUUGAAUCCAUUUGCUGCGGUUAUGAGACGAAAGACUUACCUCUAUCAACAGCAGAAAAAGAAAGCUAAAGAAAUUAAAGUGAUGAAGAGAAGAGGAAUUGAAGUACCUGAAGAGAAGAAGAAAAAGAAGGGUGCAACUGCAGCAACUAAAAAAGCCAAGCCAGUUGCCAAAAAGGCAGCAGGAAAAGAUACGAAGAAAGAUGGAAAAGCCAAGGCUAAAAAAUAAAUUAUGUAAAGAGCACUUCGGUUUUGAUAUUAAAUAUCGUUAUUAAUGAAAA